AUGAAUAAGUGGCGUUUACUAUUAUUUUCAAUUUUUGCCCUAUUACAUAUAACAACAUCAGAGCGCCCUUUUAUUGAUGGAAGGUACAGAUGCUACGAUCACUCGCCACGUAUCUUGCCUUCCGAUAAAAGCUUCUCCGCUUAUGAAAUUAAUCGAGAACGCCGAUUUUUACCAGCAAUACGACAACUGAAUACACCUGAUAAUUAUCCAAAUUCUAAUUUACGGGACACCGAAAUAGUUCGGCUAUCAAGAAGAUGGCAAAUAAGGGACAUAAAACAACAUUCCCGAGAUGAAAAUCGUCAAACUAUCAGUCCUUCAGUUCAUAUACGACAUAAAAGAGAUGUCAGAGAACAAAAUUUCGUUGAAAGUACUUCCGAGAGCACCAACGAUUUACGAAGCAACCUCCGACAUAACAGGCUCGAUAGAAAUCGAGAUGCAGAAUACCAAAGAAAUAUUCGAACUACCUCAUUAUCUCGCGAAAAUUACAGAAAACAAUAUGCCACAAGAACUCCCCUUGAAAACAGAGAUGUAAACCGAUAUAGUAAUAUCGACCGUGACAUACUUAAUACUCAUGAUAAUAAUAGAGAUCAAACCCGACGCCAGUUUUCUGAUCAUGACGAACUAAAUACACAACGUUUUACUAACAGCGACGCUAUGAGAACUGGCUUUAACCAUGUUAGAUAUACUAAAACUUAUGACAGAUAUAUUCACGAAGAACCUGAUUUACGUUACUUAAGAACAAUAAGGUCUGAACGAGCCAAUGAUAAUAAACUAUCAAAUGAUCGCAACAGUAGACUUGGAAUGCAGCGAGACUUAUACGAAGAUCUUUCUCAAGGAGAGUCGAGAAACGAUCGAAGAAAUAAUCUAAGUAGCCUCGAUAGAAUGGACUCUAGAGAAAAUAAAAGGCGUUUCCCUGGCGAUAGCCAAACUAACAAACGUUCAUUGGUUCGAGAUGAUCAAAAAAGAUCUGCACGUGUACAUAACAGAGCAGUACAUAUAGGAAGACCGAGGGGCGAACACAGGUUGGCACUACAUGAAACAUCUCGCGUAUUACGCACACAAAGAGGUCGGAGUCAACCUUUUGAUCGAGUUGAUAUAAAUGGCGAAAGAGAAAAUAGAUUAAGAACUAGGCGUGGUUCCUCUGAAGAAAUGUAUCUGUUACGAAUGGAUCGAAUUAAUACUAGAUCUCAAAUUGACAGAAGGAAUGGAAAUAAUAAUCCUAGAUCUACUAGGGACACAGUUGAAAAAGAAUCUUUAGCAAACAGAGAAGUAAGAGAUAACUUUGAACUUAAAAUGAAUCGUGUAAAUAUAAAUUCCAAAAUGGAAAUGAAGGAACGCCAAACAUUUGAGUCUAGAUUUGACAGCAGGAAUGUAAAUACCAAUGCUAGAUCAACUAGAAACACAAAUGGAAUAGAAAUUUCAGAGAACAGGAAAGUAAGAGAAAACGUUGGACCUAAAAUAAAUCAUGUAAAUAUGAAUUCCAGAUUGCAACUGACGGAACACGAAACAGUUUUAUCUAGACUUGACCGAAGGAAUGUAAAUAAUAAUGCCAGAUCUUCUAGGAAUACAAAUAAAAUAGAAAUUUCAGAGAACAGGGAAGUAAGAGAUAACGUUGGACCUAAAAUGAAUCGUGUAAAUAUGAAUUCCAGAUUGGAAAUCAGGGAACGCGAAACAGGUUUAUCUAGACUUGACCGAAGGAAUGUAAAUAACAAUGCCAAGAUUUUUAGGAAUACAAAUGAAAGAGAAAUUUCAGAGAACAGGGAAGUAAGAGAAAACGUUGGACCUAAAAUGAAUCGUGUAAAUAUGAAUUCCAGAUUGGAAAUCAGGGAACGCGAAACAGGUUUAUCUAGACUUGACCGAAGGAAUGUAAAUAACAAUGCCAAGAUUUUUAGGAAUACAAAUGAAAGAGAAAUUUCAGAGAACAGGGAAGUAAGAGAAAACGUUGGACCUAAAAUGAAUCGUGUAAAUAUGAAUUCCAGAUUGGAAAUCAGGGAACGCGAAACAGGUUUAUCUAGACUUGACCGAAGGAAUGUAAAUAACAAUGCCAAGAUUUUUAGGAAUACAAAUGAAAGAGAAAUUUCAGAGAACAGGGAAGUAAGAGAAAACGUUGGACCUAAAAUGAAUCGUGUAAAUAUGAAUUCCAGAUUGGAAAUCAGGGAACGCGAAACAGGUUUAUCUAGACUUGACCGAAGGAAUGUAAAUAAUAAUGCCAGAUCUUCUAGGAAUACAAAUGAAAUAGACAUUUCAGAGAACAGGGAAGUAAGAGAAAAUGUUGCACCUAAAAUGAAUUCCAGAUUAGAAAUGAGGGAACGCGAAACAGUUAUAUUUAGACCUGACAGAAGAAAUGCAAAUAACAAUGCCCGAUCUACGAGGAACAUAAAUGAAAAGGAAACUUCAGAGAAGAGGGAAGUAAGAGAUGACUUUGGACUUAAAAUGAAUCGUGUAAAUAAGAAUUCCAGAUUGGAAACGAAGGAACGCGAAACAGUGAUGUCCAGAAUUGACAGAAGAAAUGUAAAUAGCAAUGCCAGAUCUACUAGGAAUACAAAUGAAAUAGAAAUUUCAGACAACAGAGAAGUAAGGGAAAACGUUGGACCUAAAAUGAAUCGUGUAAAUAUGAAUUCCAGAUUGGAAAUGAAGGAACGCGAAACAAUGAAGUCCAGAUUUGAAAAAAGGAAUGUAAAUAGCAAUGCCAGAUCUACGAGGAACAUAAAUGAAAUGGAAACUUCAGAGAACAGGGAACUAAGAGAUGUCUUUGGACAUAAAAUGAAUCGUGUAAACAUGAAUAUUAGAUUGGAAAUGAAAAAACGCGAUAUCAGAGAUACAAACGAAAAUAUGAUAAUUGUUCGAAGGCGUAAGGUUGAAAGAGAUUUAUAUAGGGAUAAUACAAUAACAGUUCGGCGUAAUGUACCAUCACAAGAAUUUCGUGUAAACGAGUUAAGACGGUCUGAAAGAAUUCAGCGAAGCAUCAACGAUGCAACUAAUACAAUGUCAAGACGUACUCGUGAAGCAUUAAGCUUAUCUCCAGAAAACCGUAUACGCUAUGAUGCUAGACGAAAUUUGAGGGAAUCUCAAUAUGUUAGGUCUAGAGAAAACCAUAAUAAUGUCGAGCGAGUUGAAAGACAACGAUCAUAUAAACAUGAAAUUAGUAAUGAUAGAAUUCACAUUAACAAUAUACAACGUAGGGUUCAAAUCAGAGCGAGUGAACGACAAGAUGAAAACAGGAUCACGUAUAGAAAUGAUAGAAACUUUGCAAGCGGCAUUCAUAUCUCAAAGAGUACUACUGAAAACGAUAACCGCCAACAAUCACGAAACGUAAUUGAUGAAAACCAAUUAUCAAAUAGAAGACAUGAGAUACCAAAUGCUCGCGAUGAAAGAAGACAAACUAAAAUGACUCAGGUAGACAUAUCUAAUGAUAUGCGAAGAUUAGCUACGGUGCGAUAUGAUGAGGAUAAUGAAAAACCUAUUUCAGUUCAAAAGUUACAAUAUGAAUACCAUGUCUUUGAAAUGAAAUGGCAAUAUCUAUUUUAUGCACUGCAAGCUGUUUAUAUAUUUAGCAUUAUUAUGAAGAUGCCAAAUUCCAAUCAAGAAAACAAACAUACAAAAUGGAUAUCUACCUGGUUUACACCGACCAAAUAUUUAAAAAUGGACUAAAAUGCUGUAUCUUUAUAUUUUAUAAUCAAUGUAUAGACAAAUUGUACACAAAUGUAAUGUUAUAUCCUUGAAAUGUUUAUCUUAUAUUUAGCAAAAAUAAAAAAAUAUUCAAAAUGUAAUGUUUUUAAUAUCUUCAAUAGCCUACAACAUCAAUGCAAGUACAAUUAUAAUUGCUCUUACAAGAAAUAAAAUAUUCUAUUUUGUUUUGAAA